CUCGUGGUGCUGCUGGUGCUGGUACUCCCCGCCGCCGCCAGCUGCGAGGGCAGCGCGCUGCCCGGCGAGGUGCCGCGCUCGGGGACCCUCGGGGGGUCGGCGGGGCGCUCGGGGGGGCUUUGCAUGCCCCCGAGGAGCUCGUUGUCGCGGUGUGAGCCCCAGGGCUUGCCCCGAGGCUGGUUUCUGGCUGUUCCGUUAGCCUGCAGAAGACAGGGAGAAGUCACCGGGUGGCGGGACGGAGAGGUGCUGGCGGCUGGUGGGUUCUCCUGCUGCACGCCUCGCCUGUGUCUGGCAGCUCCUCGGGGUCUGGUGAGCUGACCUUAAAAAGUGCCUCGUCCAUCUGGUGGUAAUUUUUUGGGGCGUUCUUCACCUGGCUUGCGAACAGCACCUCGGUGCAAGUUUGUGUCAUUUUUUUAGGAGUUGGGCUUGAUGAUCCUUGUGGGUCCCUUCCAACUUGGGAUGUUCUGUGAUUUAUGAUUCAAGGAACAGCAGCCUUAAAAUCUCUGGGUUUUUAAAGCUCUCCUGCUGCGCCUCACACCUUGGAGGUGGCACAGAAAAGCUGUCUGUGGGACAGUCGCCCGGUGUCGGAAACCACCGCAGUGCUUGUGCGGGUGGGAAGAGCAGCAGCGGGAAGGCAUUUACCAUGUUAGCUGUGUUUUAAGCUGUCAUAUUAACAUCAGGUAAUAAAUAGGAGAGUGAAUGCGCUGGGGCUGUCCUGUCAACUGCUGCUCAGAGCACAGCACCCCAUAGGAGACUCGAGGGGGCUCUGGCAGCGCGUCGGCAGGAGCUGCGCCUACAGCCAGGCCGCCUGGUCGGGGCAAGGGGAGCCGGUUUUCUCCCUUAGGGUGUAAUAAAAUGAAACUGUUGUGCUGAAAGGAAGAAUUAACUGGUCUUUCAACUUCAGCCUUUUUAUUGUGAGAGAGAUCACAGAAGUGUUACCAUGGGGAGAACAGCAGCUAAAGAUUCAAAGAAUAUUAAAAAAGAGAAAGAUGGCAAGAAUCAGCAGGCAAACAACCCGUCUUUAAACAGUGAACAGUUUAAUUGGGAUGACUAUCUGAAAGAGACUGAAUCAAUAGCUGCCCCUCUACAUUGCUUCAGACAGUCCAGAAGUCCACCUACGAAUGAUUUCAAAGUCGGUAUGAAACUGGAAGCCCACGAUCCUCGCAACGUUACCUCGGUUUGUAUAGCCACGGUAAUUGGAAUCACUGGUGCCAGGCUAAGGUUGCGGCUUGAUGGAAGUGACAACAAAAAUGAUUUCUGGAGGCUUGUGGAUUCCUCGGACAUACAGCCCAUUGGGACCUGCGAAAAGAAAGGGGGCAUGCUCCAGCCUCCGCUUGGAUUCCAGAUGAAUGCAUCUUCUUGGCCGAUGUUUCUCUUAAGAACUCUAAAUGGAGCUGAAAUGGCACCCGCAGCAUUCUUCAAGAAGGAACCACCGAAACCUGUGACAAACUGCUUUAAAGUUGGAAUGAAACUUGAAGCUAUAGAUAGAAAGAACCCAUACUUGAUUUGCCCAGCAACCAUUGGAGAUGUGAAAGGAGAUGAAGUUUUUGUUACAUUUGAUGGCUGGAGAGGAGCAUUUGACUAUUGGUGCAGAUGUGAUUCUCGAGAUAUUUUCCCAGUUGGAUGGUGUAGCUUGACAGGAGAUGCAUUACAACCACCAGGGAACAAUGUUUCCAUUACAAAGAGCAGUGCAAAAAUCCAAUCUUCCCCUUCCAAAGUGACCCGGCGUUCAAUGCAGUCUCCACAGAAAUCUGCUCCAGUACCAGCGCAGCGAGGCAGGAAACCAGGUCGGGGCAAACCCCCUGGACAGUCUGCAGUUCCCAAGAAGGGCAGGUCUCCUAAAAAUAUUCCCCUGACCAAAAGCACCUCUCAUACUGAGAAUCUUAAAACAAGGAAAAAAAGUUUAAAACCUGGAAAAAAGAAAAAAAUCUUCCCAGAACAACUGUCUUCUGCACCACCUUCUCCUCUUUCUUCUCCUGAUGGGGACAGUGGCACUACACAGAUACUUAAAGAUGGACUUAGUUUAUCUGGUGCAACUGCAGCAGUUAUAUCCACAGUGUGUGUUUAUGUCAACAAGCAUGGAAAUUCUGGGCCUCACCUGGAUAAGAAGAAAGUUCAGCAGCUUCCGGAUCACUUUGGGCCAGGUCCUGUCAAUGUGGUACUUCAGCAGGCUGUACAGGCUUGUGUGGAUUGUGCCUACCAAUCCAAAACUGUCUUUGGAUUUCUGAAAUGUGGCCAUCACGGAGGGGAAAUGAUAACUGCUUCCUUUGAUGGGGAGAAGCAUGCCAUCAAUCUUCCUUCUGUAAACAGUGCAUCGUUUGUCCUACGUUUCUUGGAAAAACUCUGCCACAGUCUGCAGUGUGAUAAUCUUUUCAGUAGCCAGCCCUUCAGCCCUUACAUGGGAUGUGCACAUAGCCCUACGGAAUAUGAUAGGAACAAACCAGCAAAAGAAGAAAUACCUGAAAACAGAAGUGCAAAACGAUACUCUCAGGACUCUCCACCAUAUACUGCUCCCCUUUCCCCUAAACUUCCCAGGAGUGAUGCUCAUCCAUCUGAAGCGGAAACAUUACCUAUAGAAGAAAACAGCACUUCCAAAGAACAUCGCUUUUCUGAGGACUCUAUGGAUUCUGCACUUAAUUCAGUAAAUCCUUCAAGCCCGAUCUGUCGAAAUUCCACUGAAUAUCGUUCUUCAGGGAGCACAGCAUAUUACAGAAAUUCCUUUCAGCCAGUAACUGCUACCUCAAAUUCAGCCCCUGUCCUGCGCCGGCUCUCCUUGAGCUCUGCUGGGAACAGCAGUUUCUAUGAAGUCAGUAGGAAUCGAAUACAGAGGAGGAUUGAAGCUGCAAGUUCCACAACUGGACCGGACCUGAAUUCGCUAAAAAGGGAACCUUCAAGAAUGUUGAAUAAGGAUCCUUCCACCUGGUCAAUAGAGGAAGUAAUGCGUUUUGUGAAAGAAGCUGAUCCGCAGGCUCUAGCUCCACAUGCAGAACUCUUUAGGAGACAUGAAAUUGAUGGGAAGGCACUACUGUUACUGAGAAGUGAUAUGAUAAUGAAAUAUAUGGGACUGAAGCUGGGGCCUGCCCUAAAGUUGUGCUACCACAUUGAAAGACUUAAACAAGGAAAGUACUAGCCAAUGGGGAUACCACAAAGUGUGCGUUCAUAUCACACUAAGCUCUCAGGUUAACAGCCAUCACCUUUAUUUAAAAGUGUUUUGUUGCAUAAAUCAUCUGUAUUUUUGAAGGUUCUCUCAAAAUGUGAAAAAGACGUCUAGGAUAAAGAGGGGAAGAAGAAAAUCUGUAUUACAUUCUAGUAUUUUGUGAACUGUGUCAAAAAGUUUGCAGGGAAGGACUGGACUAUUGGUCAUGCUGGCUGGGGAGCAGGUUGGGUAACAGUGCUGAAAAGCGCAUUUAUCCUCUGUUGCAGACUUCGGCCCCAGUGCAUUUGUAUUCGGAACCAAAACAGCUGAAUCCCAAAGGAAAAAACAAAAACAGCAUCAGGUGUUAAUAAUUUUUACAGGGGUGGCUGUAAACUUUUGCAUUGCAAGGAAAAUGUAAAAGAGAAGGUCUCAUCUCAGGAGUAAAUACUGUGUCUGGUCCUCCAGCAGAGUCAUACUCAGCUAGGUUUUUCUUCAUAGAUUUCCAUAAAGGGAAUAGCCAUAUGAACAGUUCGGGGGGGAGGGAAGUGUGGGGAGGGAAGCGUUGUGUAGAAGAGGGUUUAAUACAAAUAUAAGCUUUUAUAAAGUGUGAUUAUCAGUCCUUUGGAAAGUUACAAGGACAAAUGUACGGUGUAUUGUCAAUCUAUGCCGGUGAUAUUAGUUCUGUUUUAUGGAAGAUCAUAUUGGCUGUAUAAACAGCCAGUUCUGGGACCGACGGAUUUGACUGGAACAAUGCAUCCACGUUAUAAACAUUCCAUCUUUUUGCUAAGUUCAGCAUGGAUACGUGUGUUCAUGCUUUUAUAUAUACAUGUGUAUGUGUCAGGGAAAUGCAUACUAUAUAUAUAUAUGAAAAUACACGUACACACUGUACAUAUGUGUUCAGUCUUUAAUAUGUACUUUGCACUGUGCUAGAGAGAACUGUACAAUUUCUUGUUUGUUUUUUACCAGUAAUUUUGGUCAUGUACUACUUUCAUAUUCAUUAGCACCUGUUUAAUUUGUUGUCCAUUCUUGGAGUCAGAAGGUGACAAACAAUCAAAGGGUGGAUUUACUCCUACAGGCAAAAUCCCUGUACUAUGCAAUACUCCUGGUUAUUCAUCACUUAACUCUGAGCCAUGUAUUCUGGUGUAUUUCUGAAAACACUUGUUUGGUUCUGAUGUUUUGGGCUUAUAUUUCCUUUCAGGAAGUGCUACUAUGUAAUUGAUAAGCCUGUUUAGGGUAAAAUUGGUGCUGUUUGUAUAAGCUACAAGAACCAGUGGUGAUAAUGAACCAGUUUGUUGUCACUGCCAAUUGUAAUAUACAUCAGGGAUAAGAAAAUGUACUUUCUGUGUAGGAAACUGAAUGUACUGUAUGUAAUAGUGCAAGUGAUGAAAACUAUUUGCUAAGGAAGAUGUAGUCCUAAAUUGGUAGGUUUUAUUAUAUUUCUUAUUGCCUUUUUAUAUGAAACUAUAUAGUAAAAAUGUAUUUUUUACGAAUCCUUUUUCUGAAAAUGCCUUGUUGUACCAAUACUCUGAUACUCCUCAGGUUUCAGCAGAGAUACUGCUGCAAAAUAACAUUUUUUGUAGCUUACAAGUGUCCGAGAAUUUUGUUAGUUUAAGUGACUGCAAUGCAAUUUUAAUUUAGCAAUCAUUUGGGCUUCGAGGAUUGUUUUUAUUAUUCCAUCAUUAGACAUUUGACACUAAAGGUUAUCUCUGUUGAUUUGUUUUGCAUAUCUUUUGUGGUGCAUGUAUGCUUAGAUGAAUAAUACAAGCACGCUCUUUAUAGUAAGAAAAGGUCAGAGCAUUGAUUGGAGAAAGAGCAUAUUUUCUCUUUGUGUUCGGAAAAUAUUGACUUGAUUAUUGGUAAAACCAUAUGAAAGUUACAGUUACAUUGUGAGGAAAACAUAAUGCUCCACGUGUUGAGUAUAGUGUUCAAACCUUACUUCUUCAAUGCUUUCUUAUGCUGAAUUUCAGAGUUCUUUAGCUUAAAAGAAGUACUGCUCAUACAAUUCAACUGAAAACAGCUCUAAUUUUUUAAAUUGCCAUUGGCAUAGGAGAAACAAAGAUGUUUAAAAUUUCUGUUUGGCUUUUAUGGAAUGAACUUUUUGUACAUGGUACUAUGAUGGGUAUAAAUAUUUGUUCGAGGCUUUGUGUGCACCCAGGUGCAUAGGGAUUACUGUGAAGUUACAGUACCAGGAUUUAACCAUGUGCUACAGUGUGAGAUUCAUGCGUUCAGAAUGUUGCAGCAGAAUAUAUUUUUCACUCUUUAUUUUCAAUGGGAUGUUCUUAUCUAUAAACAGCAAUAAAAUAGUUUGUUCAUUGUUGUCUGUUUUGUUUUAUGUGUAAGCACCAUCUGUGUAGGCAAGGGUAGCUGACGUACCUGGCAGUUUGUGACAACAUCUGAUGUGAGGAAGCUUUAAUCAGAAAGAUAAAAUUGUUCCAACAUAGUUUGUCUGAAGCAAUUAAUAUUUGAAUUUGGGUUGGUCUGUGCUUUCAAAAUAACUAUUCAGGAAUAUAUUCAACUAUUUAGUUUUGAAUAUAGUGUAUUGCUGCUUAGAAUUUACAGAAUUCUCAUAGAAAUCACUAAGGGGAAGAGACUCCUAAAAAGUGAGUUUGUCCUGCGUUCAGAUGAAGACCUGAACUAUUUUUUUAAAAGCAGUUAAUACCAGUAGGUUUAAACUUCAUAUACUUUAGGUUUUACUGUUAAUAUUUUAGAGAAGUCUGUUGUUUUGAUGCCUCUCUGCAGUGAUCUGCCUGCGUUUGAGAAGUAAUGUUAAUUGGAUUAAUGGUAACCUUAGAUACUUCACAGGCAAGUUAUGGAACUUUGAAAUAACAACAGUCCAGAGGCGUUUUGCAUCUGUUCUCCCAAAAGAUAGCGAAUUAUCUUUUUGGUGCAUAUUCAGUAUAAAAGACAACAUGGUGUAUUGUCUUUGUUCUUCUGAGUUGCUUUUCUAUCAACAGGGAUUCAUCUGCUUAUCUGGUUCUGUAUCUUGUAGUCUCUCGCGAGGCAGUGCUGUGACUCAUCAGUGCACGGUAAGAUCUCUUCUAUGUAAAAUUAAAACGCAGCUGCUCCAGGAGGGCUGGCAGCUCUCACAGCCCUUGUUGCAGAAGACUCAUGCAAUAUGGAAAUUGAAGAACACUGCAUGGCGGGGCGAUUGCACAUCACGGUUGACGCUACAGCACUUCUGACAAGUUUGUUGUAGCUGUGUACAUGUUGUAGGACUGUUGCAGGAAUGACAAUGAAAGACAGCAACGUUGCAUUGUAAGUGUUGGCUGAAAGAAUGGAAAAUCUUCCCAUUUUUUGUCUACACCACUUAAGUGACUUUUAUGCCAGUUGCUCUAAAACUGUAUGAUUUUUAAAGCUUGUUCUCCUGUAGACUUCAAAUAGUAACUGGAAGUAACAAUUGUGUAGAAAGUUGUAGAGAAAGCAAAGUGAAGGAAGUGUUUCUAGGUCUGUCCCCUAUCUGCUCUGUUCUAAGUAGGAGUUGAGGAGUGCAGACUGUUUUAAUGCAGCGUCAUGUGACUAAAACAGAUUUUAGAAGUGGAUAGCAGUAUUUUUUUUUCUUUGAUCGAUUAGCUGUUCACAUAAUAGAGUUAAAUGAAUGUUUAGUUCCAACAUUAGAUGUGUGAACCUGGUCUAAAAGUUACAGGCAUCUUUGUGUUUCUAUUGCUGCUUAAGCUGAAUUGAAGCUAUAUAGAGAGAGGCUGGCUUGGUUUGAAAAAAAAAAAAAAGGGAAAAAAGACCCCUUGAGAUCAAUUUCAGAGGUCAUAUAUUCCUCCUUCCUUUUUUUAUUGCAUGUAAAACUAUUGGAGUGAGUAAAAAGUGCUUGCUUGGAAUUGCCUAAGUGAUGCAGGGAGGCAGAAACUGAUUCACAUCCAUUUCUCUGGUGAAAUGGUUGCUGCUUUUUUCUCAAGCCUUGAUUGUAAUCUUUUGCUCCGUAAAGCUUACUGACUAGUCCGUAGAUCGUGGGAUCCUGUUCCCAAACCGUCUGUGUUCCUGUUGUUUCUAAGAUCACGCAGAGCCAUUUUGAGGCUUUAUCUUAAAAUCUGAAGUCUGUUGUAAGCUCACUGUGUUUUGAGUCAGCAACUUUGAGACAUUUUAUGUCGUGAUUUAUUUAUUCAUUUUUACAGUGGAAACCCCAGAGAUUCUUAAUUUUAAAACAGCAAACACAUAUAUUUUCAAAGAUUCUCCUCUGACUGUUUGCCCUAAAUAAAUUCUUACUGCUGUGGCUGUGGAGAUUAUGGGAGACCUGUAUAUGCUUAAAGUAUGCCAUUACAGUGGUCCAAUAGGCUUUUAACUCCCUCACUUACAUGAAUCAUCCAUCCUUGUCCUAGCAGAUCAUUUUGAUUAGCUGUAAUUUGUCCCAUCUGAAUCAGAAUUAGCUCCCACCAGCUCCGGAAUCUCCCAGCCCUGCUGUACAAUCUAAGGAGUCCUUCCUGAACUGCUUCUCCCCUUAGCUUUAUGGACUGCUGCUAGUUUUAUUUCAGCUUUCAUUAUCUGCCAUGGAACUGUUUAGUGCUGAUAGUGAAGGCUGCACACCGGCACCUCUUUUCUUGUUAAAAUACAUGAAGACAUUUUCAUCCACCAAGAUUCACUUUUCAGCCUCCGAAAUCAAAGCCCUUCCAGGACAAAUCGUGUGAGCAAACAGAUGCCAGUGCAGGAGGAAAGGGAGCUCGCAUCCCGUGUUGUGUGAACAGACAAAUGUGAACAGAUGUACAGCUUGAAGCUGGCAGAAACACACUCCUGCCAGUGAUUCCUUUCUAGUUAUGACAGCUGGAAGGAAAUGAAUACACCACAAAACCACCAUGAUAAUUGCCAUUACCCUGUGCUGGCAGUCUCAGCAGUGAGGUCAAGAAUGGGAAAGACAAAGACUCAUCUACCCUCCCAGGUGGAAGCUGAGGCAGAUUGGCAAGGCACUGGGAAAACCUCAGUGAAUGGUGGUGCACCUCAGUCUGUUUUUCAAGUGCAAAAGGCUGGGAUUUUACUAGAUUUCUCAUUUUCUCAUAUGUGGAUUUUUUUUCCGUUAGUUAUGGCAGUGCUCUGUUCCUCCAAGCGAUUGUGUUAACGCUGUUGAGAUCUGAGUGGAGUUUUCAGACAGGUCUGAACAAUUCUUCCCUCAACUACCAUCUCCACAAACCAGUGCAGCCAAGCAGGUCUUCCUCUUACCGGAGAGCCUUUAUUUUGAGGGAAGGGUCUUUGCGUGUGCUUCUUGCUCCAGCAUGUUUUGAAAAAUAAGGAAAGGGCUCUGCAUCUUGACUGCAUAAUCCCAGCGUAAUGUACUGUUGCUACUGAUUUCUUUCCUUGCCUGGGAAUGCUGAUGGUGCUCUGUUAGAAGCAGAGGCCUCUCACCCGAGGCAGUGUUGCUCAAGGUGUGGUCUGCAAAGUGCUUUCCAUUUGUCAGGCUGUCUUUUAAUUGCAUGUGCUUGCAUGAACACAGUAGUGGGGAGAGCAAAAUUAAAUUAAUUCUCAGUUCUAGUCUAGCUUUGGUUUAUGCUUGUGCUUUAGGGGUGAGCUCCUAGAUAGGUCGUUGCUUUGAGGUGCAUGUCCCAAGGAGGCUACUUGGAUCUCCUAGGCCUAGAAGAAAUAUGGAGGCCUCCUUGGAGAUCCAAUUCACGUGAAACUGGGGUAAGGGGAGCACAGAACUAAAUCAUAUCCAUCGUGCUGCAACAGCUAGCUUAAAUUUGGACUCAGUUGACUCUUCUCUUGUUCUGGUGCCCAUGCCGCAGGCUAGGCAAGAUCUUCAGUCUCGCGUGCUGCCAGUUUUGUGUCCUGCAUAGACUCUGAUUCACAGGAGGAGCACUCUGUCCUUGCCCUCCCUUGCUUGCUCUACAGAGAGCUGCUUUCCCUACUCCACGGGGGAUCUGUUUUGCUUCUGUUUCACCACUGCAAACCCAGAGAUGCCUUUGGACCACCUAAGCAACUCACCGAAACAGUAUUGGGGCUGCGCCUGAGAUGACAACUUUUGCUAAUCAGGCUCAGUGGGCAGUGGUGGCUUUUUUGUGGGUGUGGGUUUUUUGUCUUGCUUUGUUAUAACUUAAUGCUGCUUUGUGUUCUCUGUAUAUUUUCAAGGGACCAGAGCAAGGAGUGCUCAGCUCAGCCAAAGGGAACGUAUUACUUCCAUAUAUCUUUGCGUUCACCGUAGUGUAUUAAUUGUAAACUGUCUUUGGGUUUGUGUUUGGCUACGGGAAAUGAACAGGUUGGGGAAAGUUUAAAUGUUUUGAAAGAAAACAGAAAUGGAAGGCUGGGAUGAGUGAUACGGAUUGUGUGCAAUAAACAUGGGAAGGAAAAUAUAUGAAGAAUGAAGUAAUGGAAAAUUGGAGGAAAAGGAGGAAACCAGGUGGAGGUACUGGCUUACCAUGUUUCAGAUUUGGAUGCACUGAUUGCUGAGUCAUAGCUAAUGUCUUUUGACUACUUGACCUGGGAUUUCAAGGAGGAGAGUUAGAGGUUAACAUUUUGAGCCAUGGAAGGGGUAUGAAAUAUUUUAUCUUGUGUCAAAAUGGACAGUUUUCUCCCUUUGUUUUGCUGUUCACCGGUUGCAAAUCAUAAUUUGUCUCUUUAGCAUGAGUGCUGUGGUGUUUGAUUAAAGGAAAACCCACGGGCCUGUCAGUAACAUCACAUGCCAAAGACUUCUUGAGAAGAUUUCAUCUGAAAACAUGGGCCGAGUCCUUGGCAUUCCCUAUGCAAUUCGUGGGGCUUCCUCUCUUUCUGUCCUUUCAUUGCUUCUUCCGAAUUGAAUGAGCCGCUGCUACAAAUUUGCUCUUGAUGUGAUUUCUUUUCAAGUCACACCUGCAGAGGAGUACAGGAUGGGGUUUAAUUUCAUGUAACUUCAUGUCUUCAUAUCCUAAUUAUGUCUAGACUAUCUCUCACUGUAGUCCACAUAGGUCUAGUUGACUGCGUUCAGGGUAGGAGUGAUCUGACCAGACACCAACAUCUGCUUUACGAGAUCAGUAGCUCUCCUGACUGCCUGGGUUUUAUUGACACGAUUCCUGGUAUCUAUCACGGGAGCCCCAGUGCCCAUCCUGCUUAACUCCAGCAUGCGAACUAGUUUCCCAUCGAAAGUGCUGUUUGUUUUCAGUAAAAUGGAACAAUCCCUUACUCGAACCCUUCAGAAAGACCUACCUGGCAUUCAGAAGGGGCGCAUUUCACUAAACCACAGGCAUCUGGCAAAGUCCCAUGGUCUGCUGCACAAGGGGUCUUACUCAAAAGUCCAGAUGGGCCAGAGUAUCUGCCCCCAAAAUUCAAUGCACUGAGAAUAUUUCUGCCCCUAGAUCCUCUUUGUUGCACGCUUUAAGCGAGAGACGCGUGACAGUGCUCCAGGUGGCGAAAGGCAGACAGCAGCCUUUCAUCAGGCUUUGCCAUCCAGGGGGGCAGCUUCGUGCCUUCGUGGCUGAGCCGUGCAGGUCUCCAAGGACACUCUCAUGUCUCCAAGACGUGGACCAAGCUUUCAAGGUACUUACUUUGAAUCCUUCACUUAAAGGAUGAAAAAUCCACUCGAUACCUUUACAACUUGGAGUGCAGGUGGCGUUUCAUUCUUUUCCCUUUGAUCAGGUCUCAACAGAUGGGAAAUGACUUCUGUAGCAGCAGCUCCCACCAUUAAAUGCUUUCCCGUGCCUACUGAUGGGACUUCUAGGGCUUUCUUUGCACUUCUAGGGGUUUUCUCGCAGUACCUAAGAUCCAGCGGGAGGGAGCUCCUUGUUCCGUGUCGCAGUGACGCACCCUUUGGUAGCUUUGGUCUGUGAGGUGCCAGACUUGGACAAAACGUUGCCCAUCAUCUCCGGUUCUUAAGCAGAGAAGGAUGGGAACGCUGGCAAGGAGGAUGUGGUGGGAAGGAUGAUAUUAAAACAAUGCAGAAAAUGUAGCCGUUCUCAGACAGCUGUGGGCUGGGGAACAUUAGUAAUCCCAG